AUGCUCUACACCCCAUUCUCCCGUCUAAACAUAUCAUGCACCUGUAUCGAGUGCACGACUUUCAUACGUCCCUACCCCACAAGUCCGCCACUCCUUGGCCCUCCACCAGGCCUAGGCUUUGACUUGGCCUCGAUAUUACCAACAGCAGCCACAACACCCGAACGCACUGCGCGGUCUACACCUCGACUCGCAUUUGCAGCCCCAGCGCUAGCUCCCUCACCAAGCUUCCUAGUCACCCGACCGACGACCAAGACGCUGAAGCUAGAGGCAAUACCCAGGACCAAGCUUCCCAUUGCAUGGACACCGCUUGACGAAUAUUUGAAGAAAGUCACCUUGGCGUCCAGGAGCUUGUGGGCGGGCAUCAGCAGUCCGAUCGACGAAGACUCGACGCCCAUCAGCGCGAAGACACCGGGCCUUGCAUGCUGUGCCAGCGCCGGGUGCUCGUCCAAGGUGAUGCCCGGCUUCGGGAAGGCCCUCUGCAAGGUCUGUCUUGGGGAGUUGAGAGACUCCAUCGGUGCCGCGCUGGCAGAGGCCACGGAAGAGCCCGAGGCCCAGCGCCUGCCCGUAUCGAACGACACUCGCAGCCGCGCAGACUCGCUUCUCUCCCGCACAACCACAACAGCGGGACCCGCACAGGCGAGCCGCACCGCACCAGAAGCACUCGCCGCGGACCACGACGCAUCCCCCCUCUCGUCUCCAAACUCGCUCGCUUCAACCACCUCCACCGUCACGGCACCAACCCACUCACCACCACCACCACCACCCGUCCUGCCCAACCCCCCUCUCACCCCCCCAGACACCCCCCACGAAGCCAUGACGCCAACGACCAACUACGCCCUGCACUUCCCCGCCCUGCCCGCGCCUAGCAGCAGUAGCAGGUGCAUCAGCAGACGUAGCAGCGUCUCACGACCAUGGAGUCAGAGCAGCAGCAGCAGCAGCAGCAGCAGCAGGGCGCGGGACUGCAGACCGCUGCAGCCAUGUUCAUAG